AUGCACUUCUUCCUCGAACCCAAAAGCGUCUGCCUAAUGCUGGUGCGAUCAAUCUUAGAAUGCUUCAACCGAUGCAGAAUCCUCGACGGGUGGCGACCUGCAACCAACAACGGAUGUGUUAUUCAAGUUGGUCGAACGGUUCCGAGUCCUGGUCAUCGGCAACAGCGUGUCUCACGCAAUGCUGGUAUAUCAGAUAUCGGUACUGCGAUCAUAGCAAAGGAAAACGGAAGGUUUGUUCUGCACGAUAGUCAGGGCUUCGAGCAUGGGGAGGGUGACAACUUCAAGAAAGUCAUCGAUUUCUUGAAAGCUCGGAAGGACAUGCCCAAUGUGAGGGAUCAGGUACACGCUGUCUGGCUUUGUUUUCAAGUGUCCCUGUCUGAAGGUGAUCGUUUGUUUGAGGCUGGGGUGGAGGAGUUAUUCCGUAUGAAGUCCAAAGGAGAACUUGGCCCUGUUCCUGUGAUCACCGUUUUUACCAAAUAUGAUAAGUUGGUAGAGCAGAUUGAAUUUGGUAACAAUCUAGAGUUCCACAAACGCAACAAACAUCUGGAUCGGGAAAGCCGAAAUGCACGUCUUCCUGAGGAGACAAGGGCGAAGUUUCAAGAAUUGUGUCUUGGUCCCUUCGAAAAGUCCGUUAAUAAAGACAUUCCGCACAUCGCCGUCUCAACCAAUAAAGAAUACAAGGAUACCAGAAAGAUGUUGAACGAGCUUGUCCGUCUCACUGCUGACUGUGUUAAAAACUCUCUGGCGGUUGAUAGAUGUUGCGCUGGUCUCCGCCAUCGCCCAACGCGUGAAUCCGGCUGUGAAGAUUAA